GUUUGUUUGUUACUCAGGUGCCAUGGAUACAAGUUAGCAGGUCCAGGUCACUGCUGUUGAUGGUUAAGCCCUCAGUUUUUCUUGUGGCUAUGGGAAUGGGAAUACUUCUGCACAUCAGCUUUUUAGUCUUUAACGCUAUUGCGAUAAGGGGCAUUUCAGCUCUCUCUGGUGGCAGUCGGUCAGUGUUUUCCAAGAAAGAAAAUGCCAAUGCUGUUCUCCUUGUUGCGAGCCAGAAAACUCUGCCUGUAAUGGUGGCUGUAGUUGAGCAACUUGGUGGUGCACUGGGUGAAUCCGGUUUGCUUGUUCUUCCUUGUAUUGCAGCACACUUUAAUCAGGUUAUUUUUGACUCGUUUCUUGUAAACUUCUGGAUUCAGAAGGACGCCUCAACCAACAGUGCAAUGAAGCCUUGAGUCUUGGAUUGCGAGGGGAGAUAUUUGCACUGCUUAGUGUGCUUUCUCUAUGUUAUGUUUACAAGCAGAUCAUCAGCUCAUUGCUUCGAAAGUGUCUGGUUUGAUAUUCCUUGUAUUUGUACAGGCACAGAGAGACAGAUUAGCUGUUAGAUCUUGUAUUUUCAAAUGUAAGUUGGUAAGAGUGAUUACUUCAAGGUUCAAACGACUCUAUAUGUUCGAAAUUGUGCCUUGUUCAAACCGCAUUCUCGGUCGCAAACGCAACGGGAAACCCCUAAUUAAUUCAUCAUCGUU